UCAUUGUUCGGGUUCCAGUGGUAGGAGAGACUCUAUUCAUCAAGAAGAAGCCCAGUUUUUUUUUUUUUUUCUUCUAAUUAGGUAAAUCGGUUGACUCAGAACCGAGUCAGCGACUCGUCCGAGCCAUAAAACGAUUCCAAUUCGAGGAAUCUCACGAGUUCUACUUUCCUUUAAAUAAAGUGACUUUGUAGUAUUGGAAUUGAACAAAUGCUUGUAGAAAGUUAAUCGAGAGAGAGAGAGAAAAAAAAAGGGGGCCGAAAAAAUGGGUAGUAUAGGAGAAAUCAAUGGAGACGAAUUGGUCUUAGAUGUGGAUGAGACGAUUUUCGUUGCGGUGGCGGAAGAUGUGGAGAGGAGCAAAACGACGGUGUUAUGGGCGGCGCGAAAUUUCUCAGGCAAGAAGAUUUGCUUGCUUUACGUUCAUCGCCCUGCUCGUCCGGCUUCGUGGACGCACAAGAAACUUGCCGGUGGUACCUUUAGAAAAAAUGCUGUCAAGGUGAUUGAGCGCGUUGAUAAACAAAAAGUGGAUGAGAUUAUGAAUUCUUAUCUUCACCUUUUAUCUGAAACCGAGGUUCAAACAGAUAAACUUUGCAUUGCGGGGCAAAAUAUCGAGGAAGGUAUCGUAGAACUAAUUGCUCGACACAAUAUCAAGUGGUUAGUAAUGGGAGCUGCAUCAGAUAAGCAUUACUCAUGGAGAAUGACCGAUUUAAAGUCCAAGAAAGCCUUAUUCGUUUGCAAAAAAGCUCCUGAUUCCUGCCAUAUUUGGUUUCUGUGUAAAGGUUACCUUAUCUUUACAAGGGCAACAAAUGAUGAUAGUAAUAACAGACAAACCAUGCCUCCCCUAGUACAGCUGGAUUCAGAUAAUGAGACAAGGAAAUCAGAAAAAUUGGAAUCUUCUUAUAUGAGGAGAAGAUUAAGAUAUUGGCGUAGCCUCCUUGAACAAGAUGGUGAGAAAGACUCGGGUCAGUUGGAGAGAGAAAAGGUGGAACCACAACCAAUUCCUUCUUCUUCAGGUUCGGGUUCUUCCUUUGGCGAGCCGGUUGGUCCAGAACCGAUUGGUCCAGAAUUGGCUGGUUCAGAUACCAUAACUACCUCAAAUGUUGAGGAAAAGAAGCGUGAAGGAAAUGUGGCGCGCGAAGUUCAUAGGUAUGAUAAAGCCAUGCAUGAUAUCGGCCAAUCAGAGAGAACUGUCUAUGGAGAAGCUCGAAAUGAGAAAGAGGAUGACAGUACCAUGGAGGCUUUAUGCAAGGCAAAAGCCUUAGACGGUUUAUGCAUUAAGGAGUUGAGUCGAAGAAAGAAAUUGGAGGAAUUGCUGGAAAAAGAAAAGGAUGAAGUGAAGAUGGUUAUAGACCAGAACAAUGGAUUCAUGAAAAAACUUCAGAUGGUUCAGGGUGAUAAUCUCAAGUUAGAGAGCCAGAUCAGGAAACUGCACGACUUGGAAAAAGAACAUGGUGAGAAAUUUGAUACGGCUAUGGAGCUCUUGAAAAGUUUCAGGCAGAAAAGGGAUCAGAUCCGGAUAGAUCAUGAGAACGCUAUAAAGGAAGUAAACACAUUGAAGAGGUUGAUAAAAGGAAAGAAUGUAGAGUCUUCCGGGUCAGAAAUGCUUGAUUAUUCUUUUAUGGAAAUCAAUGAAGCUACUAACGAAUUCGAUCCAUCCUGGAAACUUGGAGAAGGCAAAUACGGAAGUGUCUAUAAAGGGAAUCUUCAAAAUCUUCAAAUAGCUGUAAAGAUGUUGCCUUCAUAUGGCUCCCAGAAUCACUUUGAGUUUGAGCGUCGGGUGGAAAUAUUAAGCAGGGUAAGGCAUCCAAAUCUGGUAACAAUAGUGGGUACUUGUCCAGAGUCUCGGUCUCUAAUUUAUCAAUAUAUUCCUAAUGGAAGCCUCGAAGACUGUCUUUCAACUGAGAACAACGUUCCUGCGCUUUCAUGGGAAUCUCGGAUCAGGAUUGCCUCUGAAAUAUGCUCAGCCCUCCUGUUUCUUCAUUCGAACGUUCCUUGCAUCAUCCAUGGAAACCUAAAACCAUCCAAGAUCCUCCUUGAUUCCAACCUCGUCACCAAAAUCAACGACUACGGAAUCUCUCAGCUGAUCCCGAUUGAUGGUAUCGACAAAUCUGAUCUUUACGUAGAUCCACAUUACUUUGUUUCCGGUGAAAUGACGCUGGAAUCAGACAUAUACUCGUUUGGAAUGAUUCUCCUUCAGCUUCUCACGAGAAGGCCUCUCUCUGGGAUACUGAGAGACGUCAAAUGCGCUUUAGAGAACGAUAACAUCAGCGCGGUUCUGGAUAAUUCAGCAGGAGAUUGGCCAGUCGCGAGAGGCAAGAAGCUAGCUAAUGUAGCCAUCCGUUGCUGUAAGAAAAACCCAUUGAACCGACCAGACUUAGCCGUGAUUCUACGGAUUAUUGAUCGAAUGAAAUCACCUGAGGUUCCUUUACCAGAGUCAUCGUCUUACUUGAACCAGAAAGCUCCACGCAAGCCUCCUUCUCAUUACCUAUGCCCCAUUUUUCAGGAAGUGAUGAAAGAUCCUUUAAUAGCAGCAGAUGGAUUCACAUACGAAGCGGAAGCUAUUAGGGAAUGGUUAGCGAAUGGGCACGAUACGUCGCCGAUGACAAACCUGAAGAUGGAAGAUUGCAAUCUCAUACCUAAUCACGCUCUUCACUUAGCUAUCCAAGAUUGGCAAAACCAAUGGUGAUUUGCUUUUGCCUCUUUUUUUAGGGGGACAAUAUUGCUACAUUUAACUCCCAAUUUUUUUCAGAUUGUCACUCCUGUAAAUUCAUCCCCAAACGUAUGGAAAAUAUAUAAGCCUCACAUACAUAUUGUCGCAGUUACAAUUAGUAGCCUCUACUAUUGGUUUAAAAAUGUUUGAAGUUCUUA